AUUUCUCCUCCCUUCCGGCCAAACUCCUAUCUCUUCCUGCCCCUUUGAGAUGGGAUAAACCCUCACUCCGGACCUGGGCUCCAAGUCAGCAAGAUCUUAGGAAUAGAUCAUGACCCUUCCUUGGACAUCAGAGGAGCCAAGAGGCCGAUGAAGUGAACAGACUCCGGGAAAGAGGUACCAGUUCUAUCUGAUCCUGGUCCACACAGGCCGACUCUCAAGAUGGAGCAGAAGACGGUGAAGCAUGUAACCAUCCCAAUGACUGACAUUGCCCCCCGUCCGGAGCCAUAUGUGCCGGAAUAUUCCCAGCCCUACGAACCCAAGCCCUACGCCCCCCAGACCUACGAACCCAAGCCCUACACCUUCCAGCCCUACGAACCCAAGUCCUACGCCCCCCAGCCCUACGAACCCAAGCCCUACACCUCCCAGCCCUAUGAACCCAAGUCCUACACCCCCCAGCCCUACGAACCCAAGCCCUGCACCCCCCAGCCCUACGAAUCCCAGCCCUACGCCCCCCAGCCUUAUGAAUCUCAACCCUAUGCCCCGGAGAAAUAUACACCGGACUCAUAUUUGCCCCAGUCUUCUUCAGGAGAUGCAUACAGCAUAACAAAUGACUGUUAUGGGAAUUGUCCGUCUCCCCCUCCAUACUCCUGUCAAGACAUGCCUUAUGACGACGGAGUGGGACCAAUUUGCUUGACGAACAACCCUCCGGUCGUGGUGGCUGGGAUCUUCUCCAGCAAGCCGGCCUCCACCAUUUGUCCCUGCUGCCGCCAGAUCAUCACCACCGAAGUGACCUUCCGAGUGGGAUCCCUGACCUACGCCUUGUGCUCCGCUUUGUGCCUCUUGGGCUGCUGCUUAGGCUGCUGCUUCGUCCCCUUUCUGACUAAAUGCUCCAAAGACGUGGACCACUACUGUCCUUGUUGCCGGUACCACAUCUACCGAUACAAGCGGCUCUAGGAGAAGCAGUUCUGAAGAGGAGGGGAAGCAUCACCCUUUGGGAACAAGCUGCAUUCCCUUUUCCCCAUCAUUCCUUCCCAGCCAAAUCAGUAGUCUCUACAGUCCUCACCUUUUGGUUGCCUUGACUGCCAGAAGGCGAGGACAGAGAAAUCUGGAUCUUUGAGGUCGGGUCUGACUCCAGGUCCAACUCCAGCCAUUUGGGGUUUUUACUUCUGAUCCUUUUGGUCCUCUUCUACGUCACAUCUUGGUUUGAUCUGGAAUCUUUCUAGAAUCUGAAUCAAUAGAGCCAUGGCGGACUUCGGCGCUGGAUAGUCACGCUCUGAGGAACAGACUAACAAAUUAACACAUUGCUCAUCUUGUGUUUCCAUGCCUCAAAACUUCUUGCAACUCAAUUCAAGACAAAAACCAGAGAUUGAAAUCUAUUAUUUAGAGAAAUAAAAUAUUCAAUUCAGUUUUCCCCCCUUGGUGUUAAAUGGAGAUGUUGACCCUGAAGUACUUUAGGACCUUCAACUGUUGAUGUAAGAUAUUCCAAAGUAAUGUCCCUUUUCCCAAAAGAAAGUGUCUUUUCGUGUGAAAUACAAGAGAAACAUAUGCUGCAAAUAUAUUUAUAUAAAGCACCAAACGUGUUUGAGAUAUAACUUUUCCAUCAAAUGUUGUAAAUCAGAUAACAUUAUUUGGACAUUUCCCAGUUUUUCCCUCCAAUAAAAUCCAAA